GAAAAGUAUCUCGGACCGCAGGCAAAGGAAGCGUCAGGCUUGAAGAACGACGACAUUGUCCUCGAGCCCUCCACCAUCGACUCGCUCAUCAAGUACUACUACCGAGAGAUCGGCGCGUGGAAUCUGAAGAAACGUAUUGACAGGGCGGGGGAUUACGCCAGCGUAUUAUAUGCAUAG